CUCCGAAACAAAAACAGUCCCUACAGACAGACAGACGGACGGACAGCUGCUGACAGGACGCCACCGGAGAGACGCCGAGCACACAACGCGUAUCCUCAACCGCAGAGACACCGGAGCACCGGAGGUAAGAGAAGAAUAAGAAGCAGGACGAGAAGAAGAAGGAAGGAGGCGCUGCCGCUGGAUCUACACUGACUGCAACGCAUCUGCGCAACACCGAAAAAAAAGCAAAAACAACAACAACAACAACAACAAAAAAACAACAACAUCAUCACGUCAGCGUUUGUCUCCAAAAUGCCGUUUUCCGUUAACGGCAUCCUUUGCACGCUCGCGCUGCUGGUCCUGUGGCGGGUGGAGGAGCUCGCGGAAGCUUGCAGCUGUGCUCCGGUUCAUCCGCAACAGGCUUUCUGCAACGCCGAUGUAGUGAUUCGAGCAAAGGUGGUUGGAGUAAGAGAGGUGGAUUCUGGGAAUGAUAUCUACGGGAACCCCAUCAAGAGAAUCCAGUAUGAGGUCAAACAAAUCAAGAUGUUCAAGGGCCCGAACACGGACAUUGAGACCGUCUACACUGCUCCUGUCUCUGCCGUCUGUGGCGUCACCCUGGAUGCCACCGGCAAGAAGGAGUACUUGAUCUCAGGCAAGGCCGAGGCCGACGGCAGCAUGCAUGUGACCCUGUGUGAUUACAUCAUGCUCUGGGACUCUUUGAGCGCCACCCAGAAGAAGAGCCUCAGCCAGCGCUACCAGAUGGGCUGUGAAUGCAAGAUUGUGCGCUGCCCCUCUCUGCCCUGUGAGAUCUCCGCCCCCGAAGAGUGCCUGUGGACGGACCUGAUGAUCGAGAAGCAGGUGCACGGACGCCAGGCCAACCACUACGCCUGCGUCAAGAGGGCGGACGGCUCCUGCUCCUGGUACCGCGGCGUCGCACCGCCCAAGAAGGAGUUCCUGGAUGCCGAGGACCCUUAGUCAUGUGACUCGCGCGCGUGACUGCCCACUGCACAGCCUGACGGAGAUAAAUGUAAACGGUUCCAUUGAGAGAGAAAAAAAACAAAAAAAACAAAAAACAAAACCAUCAUCAGGCAAAGUGAUUUUGAAAAAUAAAAUAAAUGAUAAUGUGACUGAAAUGACCUGCUGCGUCUGAAAACAACCUUUAGCCUCUCUUUGUGUCGGUCGUCCGAUUGUUUUCCCGGCGUCGCUCUGCAGAGGCUCAGAUGUCGUUCUCACACACAGCAUCUCUGUAAAAUAAAAAUAAAAUGGCAUAAAAUAGCAUCAUGAGACAUAGACUGGUCGAGUGAUGGCGUAACUUCCUCCUGAGGCUGGCGUCAGGAGGACAUAAAUUCUCGGUGAGACGGAGCACUUCCUGCCCCACAAAGCUCUUUAACAGCUCCGCUCUCCGCCAAUCAGUGUUCAGACGACCCUUCGCUAACCCGUUCUACUUUUAUUACCUCAUUCUCCAUUUUUACUCCAAAGCCAAAUUCCAAGUUGCCUUUUUUUCUUUCUUUUUUGUUUUUUUUUUGUUUUAUUAAAUGACUGUCUCCCUUCUCUCCGAACACUUAUUAUUAGUUGACGCUUUUCUCAUUUUUUUUUUUUUUUUCCCUCUGCUGGGAACUAUUUAGCUCAACCGUCCCUGACGCCCACGACAUGCUUUCUUUAAAAAGAACAUGAUUCAUCCUGUGCGGCCGAUGAUUGUUUUCUGGUUUCAUUCGGUGAAAAUCUUAACUGAGGCUAAGCUCACUGGACCAGUCUAUGCUGUGUGAAUAAGAGCACACUAAAUUUAAACGACACCGCUUCACUGCCCUAGAGUCCAAUCAGAAAUACCCAAAAUUUAUCCUCCUCCUUCCACCACCUCCUCCUACGUCUUCUCAUCUUUCAUCAAAUCUUCACCCCUCUCCCUUUGUUAUGUAGCUGUACAGUACCUAUGCAUAUACUUCUUUUUGUUGUUACUUGAUGAUUAUUAUUAUUAUUUUACUGCAUUAGAACUAGAUUUGCACUUUUCGAGGAUGAGUUCCAGUAAAGACAAGAGCCUGAAUACUCUGAUGUGACAGUUAUUACCGCCCAGACCGACAGAUCCACCUCAGGUGCAGAUUUCGCCUAUUUUCCAGCGUUUUGGUUUUAAUCCAUACUCGCAAAAAACGAAAGAUUACUCUUGCUAUGUUUGUCACAAGAAAUAAAGAAAUAGUACUCGCAGUGGAAGAAAACAAGAAAAACGGAUGCGUGAGAGGUUUGGACAUAAAGGGAUCUAUUUUUUUUUUUUUUUUUUGAUUUAACGUGUGAAAGAGAAACAAAAAGAGCUCGUGGGACGUUCUUUCAGUGUCUUUGUAUUUACCUGUUGAUUGUAAAUGCCAACAGCGGUUUCAUGAUUUGCCAAUAUAUCCUCGCAGACGGUUCAUUUCAUGAGGUCUUUACACGCUUCGCUUUCGACUCGUCUUUCCCGCUCCUUCCAGUUAUUAACGAAAAAAAGCUUUAUCGCCGUCCUAGAAAGCAAGUUACUCAAUCAAAAGUUUACAGUGCUGUUUUAUACACCUCAAGCUACAUUAACAAAACAAAAAUAUAUAUAUGAUGGAGUAUUAGAGGCAUAAUUUAAAAGUAAACUCUUUCCAGUUUCCAUUACUUUGUAUUUUUUCAGUGUUAUUAUUAUACCUGUCAUGAUUUUUGUGUGUUUUCGCUGUCUUUGUCUACGAUGUCUUUAGCUGUAGUGUCGAGUUGGGAAGGUCCUCUUGCGCUGGAGUAACGUGAGAGUGAGAGCGAUUUAAUCCUUUUUGGAGACGGGGUAGAGAAAUGAGAAAUGGGUACUUUGUGUGAAUAGAGGACUGUGCAUGUGUUUGAUGCUUUGUGUAAGUCCGAGCGAAGGACAAAAAUAUUCAGUAUUAUCAAAUAAAAAAAAAUACAAGUUUGAAAGAGUA